AUGGAACACAAGGGGUAUAGAUUUGUGGAUCCUGCGACAGCUACAAUCACAAUCAGCCGAGAUGCCCGUUUUGUUGAACUCGGGAACGGAACAUCAUCGGUGGACUUCCCUGUGCAUAUUGAUCAGGACGAAUCUGGGGAAACAGAAUUGCAGCCGCUUGAGAAGGAAUUCAAUGAUGGAGAAACUGAUGAUGACACCAAUGAUCUGUAUUUUGAUGCACCAGAAGAUGAAACUGCUAGAGGGGAUGAUGUUCGAAGAUCAAAAAGAGCCAACAAAGGUGUGAAUCCUCAGCACCUUGAAGACUACGUCGUCGGAAUAGCAGCAUGUGCGGUGCAAGAACCACUAAGCUACAGGGAUACUGUGAAGAGUAAAGAAUGGCGUGAUGCAAUGGAAGAAGAGCUAGGCUCUCACAAACGGAACGGAACCUGGGAAUUGGUACCAUUGCCUGAAGGUCGAAAAGUAUCGUCCACAGCGGAACAGUGUUUAUACGUUAAAGAAGAGAAUGGAAACAAAGUGUUUUUGCUUGUUUACGUGGAUGAUAUGUUGUUGGCUGCAUCCACAGUACUGGAAGUGAAGAAGAUCAUAAACAAUUUGUGCAAAGAGUUCGAAUUGACUGAUCUCGGCGAAGUUCGCCAUUUUUUGGGACUAGAAGUGCUACAUGAAGAAGAGUGUUACAAAAUCCGGUUGAAGAGCUAUAUUGAGCAGCUAAUUGUGAAGAACGGGAUGGGUGAAGCUAAAGUGUCUAGAUCGCCGAUGGACGCGGGAUUUCUGAAAGUUGAAGUAAAGUGUGAAAAGCUGAAUGAUCCGACCAAGUAUAGAAGUCUUGUUGGAGGGUUAUUGUACGUAUCGGUUAUUGCUCGUCCGGAUAUUGCCGUAUCUACGUCUAUUCUUGGAAGAAGAUUUUCGGACCCAAACGAAGCAGAUUGGACCGCCGCCAAACGUGUUUUGCGGUAUUUGAAGGCAACAAAGGAUUAUUGUUUGCGUUUGGGCGGACUUACUGACGAAGGAUUAGUCGGAUACUCUGACGCCGAUUGGGCGGGCGAUCCUGCCAGUAGAAGGUCAACAUUAGGAGCUGCUUUCUAUUACCACGGUGGUCUGAUCUCAUGGGCCAGUCGCCGGCAGCAAUGUGUUACGCUAUCAUCGAUGGAGGCAGAAUAUGUUGCGUUGUCGGAGGCCUGCCAAGAAACUAUAUGGUUGCGACAAUUAUUAUUCGAUUUUGGUGAACCGCUUGAAGCUCCAGCGAUAUUGAAGGAAGAUAAUCAAGGUUGCUUGGCUUUCGUUAAGACAGAGCGAACGAAUAGACGAUCGAAGCACAUUAGUACGAAGGAAAAGUUCAUCUAG